AUGCAUAACGAUAAGAUUAUUGAAGAAGCUCUUACUAAAGAAUAUUUAAAAUAUUACGAAUUUGAAAAUUUUAAAAAUAUUCAAGAAAUUGGUUCCGGAGCAUUUGGAAAAGUUUUCCGUGCAAAUUGGAAAAAUUUUGAACAUUAUUUAGCGCUAAAAUCCUUUUUUAAUCUUAAUAACAUUACCGUAAAAGAAAUUGUUAAUGAGCUUAAACUACAACGAGAUGUAGAUUUUCAUGGCAAUAUUAUUCGCUUUUAUGGAAUUACAAAAUUUGAGUCAGAAAAUAAAAUCGACCAAACAAAAAAUUAUUUGUUGGUAAUGGAAUACGCAAACGGUGGUACUCUUCGAGAUUAUUUGAAAAAUAAUUUUAAUAGACUUACUUGGACCGAUAAAUAUAAUUUGGCUUAUCAAUUAGCUUGUUCUGUAUCAUGUCUACAUGACGAAGGGAUCGUUCACCGAGACCUGCAUUCCUGUAAUGUGUUGGUUCAUCAGAAUUCUAUCAGGUUGGCGGACUUUGGGUUAUCUAAAAGGAUCGACGAAGCAUCUAGAACACGUUCAAAAUUACUUGGUAUGGUUCCCUAUAUUGAUCCAAAAGUAUUAAUGAACAACAAUCUAAAAUUAAAUGAGAAAAGUGAUGUGUAUAGUAUUGGCGUAUUGUUAUGGGAAAUAUCAAGUGGGAACCCACCAUUUUAUGAAGAGUCAAAUAAGAUUGGUCUAAUCUACGAAAUUUCACAAAAUCGAAGGGAAGAAAUUAUUCCUAAUACUCCCAAUGAUUAUUCUAAUCUCUAUACUGGGUGCUGGAAUGGUGAACCAAUCAAUCGACCAAAUAUACAUGAAGUUGUUAAUAGGCUAAAAUUCAUUUCAAAUUCUAGUAAUAGUGUAACAACUUGUCAACAGAAUGAUAUAUCUAACCAAACUAAUUCCAAGUUAAGUGAAAUUCUAACUCCUAGUAGUACUAUAAUUUCAUUACAUGGAGAAUUAUCUCAAAUGAUCGAAAGUUUUAAUAAUAUGAAUACAAAUGAAAUAGAUAUGAUGACUAGUACAAUUAAGCAAAUUAAUGAUAAUGUUUCAUCUGAAAAUUUAAGCAUAAUAGUUGACGAAAUAGUUGAUCUCAUUUUUAAGGUGGGUAAUAAGUGGAAUGUGGUAGAACAGCAUGUUCUUAAUUAUCUUAAUAAUCAUAAUAUAAAUUCAAAAGAAAUUUAUAAUUGGUUAUUAGAUAAUCAAAAUAUUUCAAAUUUCAUAUUUUUACUUGGGUUUUUUUAUUAUGCUGGAAUUGAAACGAUUAGGAAUCAUGAAAAAGCAUUUAAUUUAUUUAUAAAUGCAUCUGAAGAGGGUCAUAUAUUAGCACAAUAUUUGGUUGGACAUUGUUAUGAAUUUGGGGAUGGAAUUAUAAGAAAUGAUAAUCUUGCUUUUGAAAAUUAUGAAAAAUUGGCUAAUAAAGAUUACGCAAUAGGACAAUUUAAAUUAGGUUGGUUUUAUGAUAAUGGAUUAUAUGUUAAGAAGGAUCCAAAAUUAGCAGCAUAUUGGUUUGAAAAAGCUGUAAAAAAUGGAAAUUUGGUAGCUAUGUUUAAUCUUGGCAUUUUGUAUAUAAAUGGAAAUGGUGUCGAUGAAAAUCAUCAAAAAGCUUUUGAACUAUUCAAACAAUCAGCUGAAGGAGAAGAUUUAGAUGGAAUCAUGUUGUUAGGAGAUUGUUAUAAUGAUGGAAUUGGAAUUAAUAUUGAUAAGCGAAAGGCAGCUGAAUUAUAUCAGAAGGCUGCAAAUUUAGGACAUAAAGUAGCUCAAUAUAAUCUUGCUACAAUGUAUGAAAAAGGAGGCGGCAUUGAAAAGGAUUUAGAUAAAGCAAUUUACUGGUAUGAGCAAUCUACUAAACAUAUAUGA